GGAGUAUUACAUGAUAGUAGCCGUCCCCUCUGUUCCUGCCUGACACAACACUGCAAUCACCAAAUUCUUCUUUCGCUCAAAUAUGUUAGUCGCACUCACGAGUGGGGCUCGUUUUGUCAAGGGCCUCCUACAAUCAGCUAGCUCGAGGUACCAAAAGCUCAGUCUAAUUGGAAAGGCUUUGAUAUGGUUCAUCCUAUUCUUCUAUCUCUGCUCAGCCGCAUUUAUUGUUGUGGUCACUCCGGCUCGCAUUGCUCAAUUCACGUACGAUUUCGCUCAAGACAUCCGACAUCUUUCCUAUGGGUACACAAUUCUUAUCAUUAUCAUGAUCGCUGUAUCCUUCCCCCCUUUCAUUGGACAUACUACGCUCCUCAACUUGUUCGGUUUCACGUACGGUUUGCGAGGCUUUUUCCCUGCAGCAUUUGGAUCACUGGCAGGCUCUGCAAUAGUUUUUGUUACUCUUCGAAUCAUGUUCAGCAAGAGGCUGCGUUCAUGGACUUCCACUAAUGAGAAAUGGCAGGCUCUAGAAGCUGUGAUACGAUCAAGAGGCAUGCCCUUGAUUAUUCUCAUCCGUGUUUCUUCAUUUCCACCGUGGGCUUGGUCAAACUCAUUAUUCGCAAGCAUAGCGCCGGUGUCAUUGUUCCAGUUCUUCAUGGCGACUUGGUUUACCCUCCCGAAGGUUAUGGUUUACGUGUUCGUCGGAUCUCGUAUUGCUAGACUCUCAGACGGCGAACAGAGAAAUCAUAUGGAUACCCAAACAAAGAUUGUCAACGGCCUUCUAGUUGUCGGCGGUAUCUCGAUAUCUGUUCUAGCUAGCUCGCUGGUCUAUCAUCUCAUGCAGAAGGAGAUCAAGCGUCUACAUGACAGCCCGUCGGAGCGUGACGAACUCGCUGCAGAGGCACUCGAGGCAGCAGAGGAAGCGCCUUUGUUGGGAUCUGACUCUUUGAGUUCUCCGUAGAGUUUCACACCCGCUCCCUUGGUGAGCUUACUGCAGUGGAAUCUAUAGUGAAAUGCAAUCAAUUACGGAACACCGAAUUAAGCUAGCUUUAUUAUCACUACACAUAUCUAACUACAGAAUGUCACACA